AAACAACAAAAAAUCUAAGCAAAAAUCGAUUAAAUUAAAUAGCAGCGUUGAUUCAGUGGACAUCAAUCAAGCUACAGCGGACGUGCAUGUUGGCCGUCUAGCUGAUUGCAUGUACAUCGCACCCUCAUCCUCCAUCCAGGACAGACCCCUCGCCCAGUCCCAACCAAAUGUAUGCCGGUCGCGCCACGCAAUUCGCCAAGACUAUCAGCGGUAUGGCAUGCAGCAUACAGAAGCAGCCCUCGCAGCCAGCACCCACAACAACAGGAACCACAAUGGUCAUAGCGGCAUCAAGUGUUGGCAUCGGCGGAGUCAGUACUGUGCCCUCCACACCCAAGGUAUCGAAAGCAGCCCAACCACGGGGCUCGUUGCCAACAGAUGUACAUCAGCCGCCUUUGGAAUUCCAAUGGCCACCUCCAUUGCCCGUGUCCAGUCACACAAGCAACUUGCGGCUAAACAUGAUGAACCAAGACCCCAAGGAUUUGCAUACAGCCCGCGCCAUGAUUGAGGAGCUGCGCUCCAAGGUUCGCUUUCAAACCGAGCACAUCAUGAAGUGGCGUAAAGCAUACGCCAUGCAGGUGCAGCAACACUAUCGCUAUCAGAAGGAAAAGUCGGAUCAGAUGAACUCUCUCACAUCUCAGUUGUUGUUGCUGGAGUCGCGAUUGAAGCGGAAGCAGAAACAAAUCUCGAGCCUGCUGAACCAUCGGGAGGUGACCAUACAUAAACAACAGAAGAUCAUUGACACCUUGUCCACACGGUUGGUGGAUCACGGACUGGAAAGCAUUGAGGCGAGCUAUGCUAACGAGCUGGACUCGCUGAACGACUCGGAUUCGGCGGUGGUGCUAGAGGACAUUGAUUCGGAUAGCAACAUGACGCUGGGUAACCGGCGCAAAAGUAGCGGCGGAUUGGGUGGAGUGCUGGGCAGCGAUGGCAUCACAAUAGUCCGCUCCAUAUCGGAUGCCAUCGAGACGAAUAUGAAUAAAUAUGGAGCUGCCAGGCGGAAUAAUUGCUAUUUGCGACGCCCGGAUAUACUGGAGACUGUCUACUCCGUGGAGGAAGAUCCCGAACCCACGUCGGAUGUGGCCGAGAAGCGCGACAAGUUCAAGAAUCGUUCCGAUAAGGCGCUCAGCUCCAGCUCUACUGAGGGUCAAAUCGAUGCAGCAACUCCAGCCUCGGUCACGUCCACCACACCGGAGAAAGCCAAAGAUUCGUCAAUAGGUCCGGCAAUGCCGGUGCCACGUCGCCAGCUGGGAGGAUUGAAGCGUUCGCCCAGCCACGAUUCACCCUGCACCACGUUGAGCGUGAAGGUGCCGCAGCUGCAGCCACCGCAUGCGCCCGCUGCUCCCGCUGCCGCCGAUCAGCUGAACGGGAAAUCGCAAGUGAUCACUUAUAACCGUGUAAUGUCCAACCAUCGGUCUGUGACCAAACCCAAGGAUGUCAAGUACAAGCGGAUCAACAAGGCCAAGUCCAAGAGCCUCGAGGAGCUGCGAGGUCGUCUCAAGAAUCUCGUGGAGCGACCAGGUCUCGAUGCUGGCUACACAGCCGGCAUGAUGCCCCAGACAGCGCAGUCGUAUGCGUGACACAUGCCACAGCCGGACGCAGAGGAGCAGCUGGCGAACAAGUCGACGGCGCCAGCUGCGCCAGUUCAGUCCAAGGCAACCCUAUCCGCCAGUCAUACGCCAGAUCAGACGACGCCGCAGCGUCACAGCUUUCCCAAGCGGUCGCUAACCUUGCCCCGCAUCCUUGUGCCGCAGUCGUUGACCGGGGGAGCGGGGCAUUCUAGCAGCGGAGGCAGCGGGAGCAGCCAUGGGCGUGGCGGUUUCUAGCAAUUAAAGAAAUUUUUCAUACGCAAUUGUGAUAAAAAAUAAAAUUGUUUUCUCUCUCUGUCUGACAGUGUCUCUAAAUCCCUUUCACUCUCACUCUCGCUAUGUUUGUAGUCUCUUUUGUAACAUUUGUUUCCUGUGCUCGGCAUUUAAUAUGAUCUAUGUAUAAUUGUUUAAUUUAAUUUACUUUAAUUUACUUUAAUUUAGUUUUUAUUAUUAAACAGAACUGCAUUUUGACCUUAACACUUAAUAUUAUUUCACAAAUAAAUAUGAUUAGUACUCAUUGCGUAUUUAUU